AUGGCUGAAGAGAGUGUUGUUGCUGAUUUGCCACUGAAGAGGCCAAGAGAAGACGAAGAGAACGGGGCCUCUGCUGCCACUGAAGCCAUGGAGAUGGAAACCAACAGCAACGAUUAUAUUUCCUCUGUUAUUCCUGGCUGGUUCUCUGAGAUUAGCCCAAUGUGGCCUGGAGAGGCACAUUCCUUGAAAGUAGAGAAGAUCUUAUUUCAAGGGAAGUCUGACUAUCAGAAUGUUAUGGUCUUUCAGUCAUCAACAUAUGGAAAGGUUUUAAUUUUAGAUGGGGUGAUUCAGCUUACAGAGAGGGAUGAAUGUGCAUAUCAAGAAAUGAUCACUCACCUUCCACUUUGCUCAAUUGCAAACCCAAAGAAGGUUUUGGUUAUUGGUGGAGGAGAUGGUGGGGUCCUACGAGAAGUGGCUCGGCACUCUUCUGUUGAGCAGAUUGACAUGUGUGAAAUAGAUAAGAUGGUGGUUGAUGUUUCUAAAAAAUUCUUCCCUGAUGUAGCAGUUGGGUAUGAGGAUCCCCGUGUGACUCUCCAUAUUGGUGAUGGAGUUGCAUUUCUAAAGGCUGUUCCUGAAGGUACUUAUGAUGCAAUUAUAGUAGAUUCUUCCGAUCCAAUAGGUCCUGCUCAAGAGCUUUUUGAGAAGCCCUUUUUUGAGUCAGUAGCUAAGGCUCUCCGUCCAGGAGGAGUUGUGAGCACACAGGCAGAAAGUAUAUGGCUUCACAUGAACAUCAUUGAGGAUAUUGUGGCAAACUGUCGUCAGAUCUUCAAAGGAUCCGUCAACUAUGCAUGGACUACCGUUCCUACUUACCCAAGUGGGAUGAUAGGUUUCAUGCUUUGCUCGACUGAGGGACCCCCUGUUGAUUUCAAGCAUCCAGUUAAUCCUAUAGAUGCUGAUGAUAAGCAAAGCAAAUCAAAUCCUUUGAAAUUUUACAACUCAGAGUUGCAUACAGCGGCUUUCUGUUUGCCUUCUUUUGCAAAGAAAGUGAUUGAUUCAAAAGCCAAAUAA